AACCCCUAAACAAAAUAAUUCCCCGGCGGAGAAAUCCACCGGGACCACACAAACCUCUGGAGCGUGUUCAGCAACUGCUGGCACCCAGAAAUUACAGACCAAGGAGCCUAAUAGGGAACCGUCUAUGGGCACAGACGCCGCAUCAGCAGUGUCUGCCCAAUCAGUCAGCAGACUGGAGGCAGGUUGGACCCUCGUAUCUUACAAGGGCCGAAACCAAAACAAACCCCGAAUAGGGGAAAGUCACUCGGCACAUGACAACACAGAUCGCCAUCGACCCAACAGGAGGCAAAGGCGCAUAGCAGCUCGCCUUCGCAAGGCCAACGCUCAGAAAGCUAGCGCCUCAAUGCCCUCCUCUGAACCCGAACCGCAACCCAGCACCUCACGAGGUUCGGAUAUGCCGGUCAGGCAAGCCCGGUAUGAUCCUAGGAAGGCCCCAGACAACCGAAGGCCUCCUUCCAACAAAGCAGGUGGAGUAGCCCAACCCUCGACAUCCACCAAACGCACUCGCUUGGACGACACCAACUCUCCGAGGGGUGACCACAAGAGGGCCAAAUUGCUAAAUAGGCCCAAACCGACAACAUACGCCAACGCUGCGAAAACCGACCCUGUUGUGGCCAUAACAUCUACCACUACAGGGCAUAUUGACGCGAAUAUGGCACAGCUUAUACAAAGCAAGCUUGAAGAUAAGCUCAUGACAGCCAUGAUGGCCGCUAUGAAUGAAGACAGAGAAGGGCCUGCGUUUCUGGGCAAACCCGUCUAUGAUGGGGGCAUCCUAAAACUGUGGUGCUCUAAUCUUAAAACAUUGGAGUGGCUGAAAAUAGCUGUCCCGGAAAUCCAACUCCCUAACGGUGACACCCUGGCAGUAAAAAACAUCUGGGAAAUUCCCAACCGCGUCAGGUGUGGCAUUCUACUACCAGGUGAAUGGAAGGACACCAAAGCAAUCGGCGGGAUGCUACGGUUCCAGAACUCUUGGGCCAAAGUAGACAGCUGGUUGUUACACGCCCUUUAUCACCACAACGACCACAGCUUCAUCGUGGUAAGCAUCCCGGAGGACCAAAUCCCCACAAUCUUGGAGCAUGAGCGCCGGCUAUCAUUCAUGCUGGGCUCAGUAUAUCUGAAGUUCCAGGGGCCAGGAGGUAAAUACACCGAGACCCCCCCCUCUAAGGAUACAAACGGUGAGGCAUCGACAACAACUGGGAAUAAUAUAGACGACAGUGAUGCACUGCCGGAACCCAUGGACGCUCAAGCAAUUGACCCAGCAGACGGCAACUGCGCCACUAGCUCUCCAUCGGAGGAAGUGCUCGACAGCCUAAAGGAGCUCGAAGAGCUUCUGGCGACGGGCACCAAAGGCGAUGCCGACUGCACCAAGGGCAUUGAAGAGCUCUGCAUCGGUGAUGGCGAGGAGGGUGUGCUAUCCAAAGAUGGCAUCCCCUUCUAAGUGCAGCACCAUCCAAAUAAACCUCCACCAUAGCGAAACCGCAACGGCCCAACUUCGGAAAUGGUUGGAGGUUAACCCUACAGCUCUCGCCCUAAUCCAGGAGCCGUGGGUUAGGCGGGGCCGGAUAUGCCAUCUCUCCAAUAUCGGAGGUAAGCUUAUACAUUACUCAGGACCAGAACACCCUAGAGCCUGUAUCUACAUUUCUAAUAAUCUACAUGUGCAACCCCUAACAGAUUUUUGUUACAGAGACUUAUGCGCAAUAAAAAUACUGGACAGACACAUCCUUCCAACUCACCAGAGAGCGAUAGUGGUCGCCUCCGUCUAUAUGCCGGACGGGGAAGACCCACCGCCGGAAGAACUUGUCAAACUGGUGAACUACUGCGAGACAACCAAGAGCGAGCUUAUUGUGGCUGCAGACUGCAAUGCACAUCACCCGCUCUGGGGCAUGCAAACAACCAACGAAAGGGGUGUCACCGACAGCCCACUGUGCAGAGCCUGCACGGAGGCGGACGAAACGGCCGCACACGUCAUUUUGGAGUGUAGGAGUGUGGCCUCAUACCGGGCCAAACACCUGGGGUCACCGAGGACUCUCCCCGAGGUCAUGGGUGACAUCAGAGGUUUGAUACAUUACCUUGAGGAACUAGGGUGGCAGGAUUAGCCGCCCUCCUCACCACGCAAAAUAGGCGCGCUGUAGUCGUCGAGUUGCGGAUAAUAGCCCGUGAUAACCUAU